AAGAAGACCAACUAGAAGUCCUGAAGACAUUCCUCUUCAAUGAAAGCACGGAAGAGAUGGAGAAGAACAAGGAGGGACUCUACAAGCUCUGGAGACUGAGGAAGAGGAAACUGGUGACCGUGACGGAUGUGUGUUAUGCCUGCUGAGAGCUGAGGGUACUGAAGCUGGCAUGCGAUGAACCGUUCCCUGCUGGCGGCCUCUGGAGCUGUCCUGGCUGGCUGUGUCAUCUCAGGCUCAGCCCUGGACUGGUGGCCACGGCUGUUGUUCAGCCUUGCCUGCCUGCUGACGGUGGUGGUAGGGGCCAUCCUGGCUGUCUGGGUUCACAUCAAGCUGGGACAGCCACAAAAGGUCACCAUCAAAAGACCAGUGCCUGUGGACCAUGUAAAAAAUGCACUGAAGUGCGGCAGCCAGCAGGACAAGACGUCCGGCUACCAGCGGCCGCCGAUCGUCAGCCGCGCCGUGGACGAGGUGCUCGCGGAAAUCGUGUCGCACGUGGUCGACGAUUUCUUUAGCAGCUGGUACUCGCAGCUCGCCUUCGAACCCGACCUCCAGGCGCAGGCCAUCAAGAACGAGAUAUGGGAAUCCCUGCGACGACUGCAGGAUCGGCUCAACGCCAUCGACCAUGUAAACUUUAUCGCUACGGACGUCUUUAACAAGAUCAAGCAGCACUUCCAGCGGAUCAGAAUCGCGCACGAGAUGAGUGACGGCAAGACCACACUGCCGAUGUACACGCUCGUCUCGUACCUGGCCAACCCGGAGCGGGAGCUGCAGUUUUUGCGCAGCGUCGCCGAGGUGGUCAUCAUGAUCCUGCUGCCGCCCGACUACAGCCGCUGCGUGCCCGUCCGACAGCUGCUCAGGGAGACCCUCGCCUGCCACGUGUUUCAGCCUGCGAUCGACCUGCUGUGUGACCCGGACUUUAUCAACCAGAAGGUGUACGAGUACGUGCACCACCACCAGCUGUGGCGCGAGCUUCACCAGCGCACAUACACCUACGCCGCCAGCUACGAGGACUUCAUCGGCAUCAUACAGGAGAGCAACGACGUGGACGAGCUCAAACACAUCAGGUUCAAUAUCGUGACAGAGAUUAUGCAGGCGACCACGAUCAACAACCUGAAGCGAGCGCGGGGGAUGAAGUUGACUCAAGACCGCCGGCCGCAGGGCUCCUCCAAAGGUGAUCUGCUCCAGGCGCGGAACCUGAAGCGCUACAUCAACCAGCUGACCUACGCCAAAACUCAGUGCGAAAAGCGCAUCAAGAGCGUGGGCGGCAUGGGCUACCUCACCGAAAUCGACUCGCCAGAGUCCUCCGACUCUCAGCUCAUCGGUAGAAAGGUCCUGUCGUUCGGUGUGAUCAUGGAGUCGGCGUACGCGCGCCGCUACCUGCUGCGCUACCUCGAGUCCGAGGGCCAGGAGAACCUGCUGCUAUUCUGGAACGCCGUCAACGAGCUGCGCACGUGCCGCAAACACAUGCUGCACGCGCUGGGCGCCGAGAUCUACCAGACCUACCUGGCCGGGAUAUACGGUGUCAUUCGGCUCGAUAAGGUGUCUCUGAAGCGGAUCGAGAGUUUUCUGAUCGGCGACCGGGGCCCGGAGAUCUUCCUGGAGCUGCAGGAGGAGGUGCAGAGUCAGCUGGAGAACAAGCACUACCACCGCUUCCUGGUCAGCCCGCUCUACAACAAGAUGAUGCUGGACGCAGAGGAGGCCGGCAUCGACUUCAUCAACGCCACCGUCGCUAACCACGAGGACCACCCGGAGGGUCUGGGCUCCGAGAUGGGCGACACCAACCUCUCCGACCACUCGUCAUUCGCGAGACUCAAGCUGGACCAGCUGGCCGAGAAAUUGCGAACAAAGUCCCAGGCUCUGGAGGCCAUGAAGACGGGCACCCGUCCGGACCCGAAGAUGGUCUCUAUCUUGGAGCAGGAGGUGGAUAAUCUGGCCGGAGAGCGCCGGGAGCUGGAGGCGCACAUAGAGAGGACAGACGUGUGGACGCAGCAUCUGGGUCACUGGACGGCCGACGUGCACUCGGCGGAGGUGCUGGAGGAGAAGGACAUGCCUGUGUUCGUGCUGGUCGUGUACCUGGUGGCCUCCCCGGCCGGCGCGGUGGAGGCGGCCGACGCCACCUCCCCGGACGAGCCGGGCUCGCCGGCCGACCCGGCGGCCGGGAAGCGUCCGCUGGACGCCCUGCUGGACAACCAGCGCGGCUGGGUGGUGAUCCGACGGCUCACCGACCUGCUGCACGUGCACGGAAAACUCUGUCAGAUCUCACCGUCGCUGAAGUCGGCCGAGCUGCCGCCUCUUCCGAGCAAGUCGCUGUUCAGCAAGGGCUGCGACAGGGCGUACCUGGAGAGGGCCAAGAUCAAAGUACAAAACUACCUCACGAUGGUUCUUGCCGACCAGCGUCUGAACAAGAGCGAGGUCAUCUACACAUUCCUCAGUCCCAGCCCCGAACACCUCCUGUUUCCAGGCACGUCGCAGAAAAAGUCCACAUUCUUCUCCAUAUUCAAAGGGUCGGGCGGGGCGGCGGACGACGGCGGCGCCGAGAGCGACGACGACGACAUUCUGUUCCUGGACGGCGCCGACGCGCGGCCCGAGGUGCGGGACGACUUCGCCGAGCCGCUCUACGGCCUCAUCGCGGAGGUGUUUGACCUGUCGGGCAAGUGGCUGCGCAAGACGCUCAUGUCGUUCGUACAGAUCACCUACGGGCGCACCAUCAGCCGUCAGAUCCGCGACACGCUCUCGUGGUGUUUCUCCGAGAGCCAGCUGCUCUAUUACGCCACCACACUGCGCGAGGCGUGCUGGCCGGGCGGCAAGCGGCCGCCGCCGGCGCCGCCGCGGUCACAACAGGACAUGGAGAGGACCAGGCAGGAGACGCGCGAGCUGCUGGUGAACAACGUGCCCGAGCUGCUGACCAACCUGCUGGGCCUGCACAACUCGCGGCUGGGCGGCGUCAAGGUGUUCGAGACGCUGCAGGACGUCCGCCUCAACAAGCACCUGUUCUACACUGUGCUGGAGGCGUUCAUCCCGCAGCUAUUCCCAGAACUCGGCGGGGGGCCGCACACCACCAACGUGUGAGCGUUGGAGGCGUUGAAGGGUGAACAGGGUACCACGGACGGUCACCGGUGGGCGGCGGCUGAACAAUGAUUCCAGCUGAACUCGGUGUUAGCUCUGCUGGCAGCCCAGUCUGCCGCUAUCGCUUGUUGAACUCUGAUUCUUCUACGUUCGCUGCGCCAAUAGAAGCUGAAGAGAACCUGAGGCCACUGGAAUGAAUACGGACAAUUUGCAGCUCUGGGUCUGAACUCUGAACUGAAUAGGCGGUCGAUAGCUAAUGCUGACCCCGUGUGGCCUCUCAGGUCAUAGUCAGGCGCACUGCGUACAUGACAUUGCCCUAGUCCGAAUCGAGAAGCGUCUUGAUCUGAAGGCUAAGGAGCUGUGAGUGUUAUUGCUGGCGUUUUAGCGCCAUUGUUUGAAAAAGUAUUUGGGUCUCUACCGGGUGAUAUUCGUUUGAGGCAUCAAAUAUGUUAUGAUUAUUCUUAUACGUCACAUAUUUCUGAGAUGUUCAACAUUCUCCAUAUUUCCGUGAAUGGCAGUUGAGUAGCGAACUAAUUGCAGUUAGAAAUUAGAACAUUCGAUACGCCAAAGCUAUCAAUCAGUGGGUAAUAAUAGUUCAUAGUUGCAUGUUAGGACAAAUAUUGAUAGUUUGUUUUGUGAUCAAUGUUAAAAUGUGAUGUCACAUUUUAAUAUGCAUGUUAUUGUAUUUUGUUCCAACUUCAAUGUGCCAUGUUGUAGUUAUUACGAAAGAAGAAACUGAAAGCGAGGACGCUAGUGUGCGAGUAAGGCCAACCAUAUCAACUGCUAGCUACAUUGAUGUUUCUUCUAGUAUUUACGCCAUUUCCGCAGUAGGGACAACUUGCGCCUUCGUACUUCAUUACCGCAGUUUCGUGGUCAUUGGCCACUGCCCUAGUCACCUUUGCAAGUCAUUUCCGACUGAGCUUAUGAAGUGAUUCCAAAGUGGCAAUAUUUUUGCUUUGAUGGAUGCUGUUGAUCGUUGAGGAGCUCGUGCACACAUAUAGGCAUUGUUAUUGCAUGCUUUAAAACCCGGUUAUUGUUGUGUAAGCCUACUUGAGUCAUUGUAUCCCGUCUCCAAUUCCAACCGGGACCUUUGAUGGAAUACCAAAACGUGAUCUGACCUAUCUACGUAGUGCGUUAUGGGAAUUCGGUCAAUGCCAGCUGUCUUGCUUUUGCUCGUGCUGGUGUGAAGCUUAUGUUCUGUUAAUAACAUCAGGGAUAUUUAUGUAACAUACAUGAUUAUAUUGCUGUAA